AUGGGUGCCCUGUUCUCGACGCGACACACACUUCACAGCGACGGCGCCGACGCGGCCCGCGGCGAGGACCUCGCGUUCUACUUACAACUGGAUCUCGACCACGAACCCAAAGACGUCGUCGAAUUGGGGGUCGGCGCGUCCGGCGCGGCCCUGCGCGCGGUCCUCGCGGCGAAGCCGAAGAGCCUCCACGCCCGGGAGCUGUCGGAGAAGAACCGAAAACGGCUGGAGAAGGAAUUCGCAAAAGAGGUCGAAUCUGGAGUGAUGACGAUCUCGGGCUCCACCACGCCGCGGCCCCUGCCUUUGGAUGAUGCCAGUGUAGAUAUCAUCUACGGCCUGCACGGCCUCCACUGCAUGGAGUCCUUCGCGGAUAUCCACGCGGAGAUGCGGCGACUCCUGCGGCCCGGCGGGAGACUGGUGUGGGCCUGCGGCUCUUACGGCCCGGCGGGAGAAGGCGGAUCGCGCGUGCUGGCCGGGGCGAUGCGCGCGGCGGGCUUCGUCGACGUUAAGAUCGACGUCACGCGGCUCCAGGGCGCCGCGAGGUGGACGCCAGUCGUGGGCGUGAAGGCGCGCUAA